CACAGCUUGGCGCGGGCGGUGGCGCGGGCGGUUAAGCGGCAGGCACAGCAAGGAGCAGGAGCAAAUGUAUAUGAUGAUGAGGGAUUUCUUUUUGCUUUGAUUUUAAAAAAGGAUGGAUUAGAAGAUGCAAAAUGCAAAACUAAGCUGGAAGAAUACUGUAAAGAAUUUGAAAAUUUGAAUAUAAAUAAAGAAGAAAUACAUAAAAAGCUUAAAGAUUUGUGUGAAAAAGGAAAAAUUCAAAAAAAAUGCCAAGAACUAAAAUCUAACAUUGAAAGCAAGCGCGAUGCAUUCAAACCAAAAUUAAAAAAAGCUGCCGAAAAAGAAGUGUCAAAAUUGGAAAGCAGUGAUUGUUUAAAUGAACAGAAAUGUCUCUUUUUGGAGGGAGCAUUCUCUAAUGAUCUUAAAGAUGAUUGUAACACUUUAAGAAAUAAAUGUUAUGAAAAAAAGCGUGAUAAAGUGGCUGAAGAAGCUCUUUUAAGGGCACUUAAAGGAAAUCUUGAAGAUAAAGAUAAGUGCAAAAAGGAGAUUAAAGAUGUUUGUCGUACAUUGGGUCAAGAAAGUAACGAGUUAAUGCAAAGGUGUUUAAAUCUAGAGUCUACAUGUCUAUCACUAGUACAAGCAGCAGAAGAAAAAUGUAACUCUCUGAAAACAGAGAUAAAGAAUGUACUAGAACCUAGUGGUGACUUAGAAAAAAGAGGGCAUUCUUUACUUGAAAAAUGUUAUUUUUAUGGAAAAAAUUGUAAAGAUGAAUUAAAAUGUAAUGAUUUGCAAGAAAAAUGCAAAAAAAAGGAAAUUGUUUAUACACCACCUGGCUCAAAAUUUGAUCCUACAAGACCAGAGGCUACACUGGCAGAAAAAAUAGGUUUGGAAGAGCUUUACAAAGAAGCAGCGACACAGGGAAUUCUAAUCGGAAAACCACCAGAAAGAGAUGUUGUUGAUUUAUUAGUGUUUCUGUCUGCAAAAACAGGUUUUAACAACGCUCAAUGCCAGAGUGUACUCAAUAAUAAAUGUAGCUCCUUUAGCUAUUUAGCAAAAGAAUUAAAAGAUUUAUGUGAAAAUAAAAACAAUCAUACAGAUAAAUGUAAAGAGUUUGAAAAGGAAUUUAAAGGAAUAGAGGCCGCUUUGACUGCAAAGUUUAAAAAUUUUGGAAAUGAAAUUAAAUUAUGGAACGAAUUGCCGAACUUUCUUACUGAAGAUGAAUGUGCAGAAUUAGAAUCAGACUGUUUUUAUUUUGAAAAUCAAUCUUUCGAGAAACAAUGUAGAAAUAUUAAAGCAGCAUGCUACAAAAAAGGGCUCUAUGCAUUAGCAAACCAAGAAUUGCAGAACAAGCUACGAGGAAAGUUUCAUGAUAUAGAUGACCCAUUGUUUAAAAAGCUUCAAAAAGAAUUAGUAAAGGUGUGUCUGGGUCUGAAAAAAAAGAGCAAUGAGUUGUUUGUGUUUUGUGUCCAGCCAGAUAAUGCUGUUUCUAUACUUUUAGGGGAUUUGCAUUUUAAAGUGGAUCUAUUACAGGAAUAUUUGAAUGCAAGGCGAGAUCUUCCUACGAAACGAGAUUGCAAGAUAUUAUUGAGAAAAUGUAAAGAUCUAGUACAGGAUUCUGAAGAAAUUAAAUGGCCUUGUCAUACACUUAAACAGAAUUGUGAUCGUUUAAGGGUUGUAGAGCAAUUGGAAGAAAAAUUUUUGGAAGAAAAAAUGAAAAAAUUAGAUGACUUGGAUUCAUGUAUAGAAAAGAUCGGUCAGCGAUGUCAUGAAUGGAAUAGAAGAGGAAGAGCACACUUUGAUCUCGCAUGUGUAGCACAGAAUACUACUUGCAAGAUUCUUACAGAAAGCGUAAACUCUAAGUGUACUACAUUGGGAGCACGUAUGAAAAUAAGUGGUGUUGUGAAUAAAGCAAAAAAAGAAAAUACAAUGGAAGAAACAUGCGAUUCUUGGGAACCCUAUUGCAGAAAAUUCAUGUCAAGUUGCCAGAAUUUAACUGCUGGUGAUGGAAAAUGUGACGAACUUGAAAAGCAAUGCGAACCAUAUCGUACACAAAGAGAUCGUGAAGAUCAAGCUAUGCUUGAGUUUAAAGGAAAGCUUGAUAAUAAAGACAAUUGCGUAACAACUCUUAACCAAUAUUGCACACAAUUAAAUAAUGCAACCAAUGGGCUUGAAACUUUGUGUAAAAACAAAGAAAAAGGGAAAAAUGACGCUCAAACUAGAGAAACACUUUGUGAAAAACUAAUUGAACGAGUAAAAAGAAAAUGUAAAGGACUAUCAAAAAAACUUGACAAGGUUAAAAACGAAAUAGAAGAAAAAAAUAAAGAAUAUGAGGAUAUUAAAAAGAAAGCAGAAGAAGCAAUGGAAAAAGCGAAUCUUGUUUUAGCAUUAAAAACAACGAAUAAUAAAUCAGUAGAUAAUGCAGCUUCUAGUACACCUAAGAGUGGAAAAGACGCACCACAAUUUAAACUUGUAAAAAGAAAUACAAAACUGCAAGUAACAGAAGAAGAACUGAAUGCCUUUGAUUUGGUAUCACAAGCGUUUAGUUUGUAUGUAGAGUUAAAGGAAAUGUGCCAUCAUUCACUGAAAGAUUGUGAUUUCAAAAAAGAGUGUAAUUGUGAGGAUCCAUGCGAAAAGAUACAAAAAGUAUGUUCGAAAUUAGAGCCACUAAAAGUGAAACCAUACGAAGCAACAACUAAAAACAUAACAACUACAACCACAACCACAACAACAACGACAACAACCGUUAAAGACGUAAAGGCAACAGACUGCCAGUCUCUACAGACAACAGACACAUGGGUCACAAAGACGUCGACACACACCAGCACCUCUACGACUACGUCCACAGUUACGUCAAGAAUAACACUGACCUCGACGAGGCGGUGUAAGCCUACGAAGUGCACGACAGGAGAGGAAGAUGAUGCAGGAGAGGUGAAGCCGAGUGAGGGGCUGAGGAUGAGUGGGUGGAGUGUGAUGAGGGGGGUGCUAGUGGUAAUGAUGAUUUCAUUCAUGAUUUAG